CAAAGGCACCAAUCGCUGCACGUGUUACUGCGGGGCCGCUCCUCUAGUUAACUAAUGCACACUCGGCUUCGUUUUCAUCCGGGUUUUGGACAGGGGCAAGCAUGGCACCACCUGUGAGAUACUGCAUCCCCGGCGAACGUCUGUGUAACUUGGAGGAAGGCAGCCCCGGUAGCGGCACCUACACCCGGCACGGCUACAUCUUUUCGUCGCUGGCCGGCUGCCUGACGAAGACCAGCGAGAAUGGCGCGCUUCCUGUGGUGUCUGUGAUGAGAGAAACAGAGUCCCAGCUACUUCCAGAUGUGGGCGCUGUUGUCACCUGUAAGGUCUCUAGCAUCAACUCACGUUUUGCCAAAGUACACAUCUUAUAUGUGGGAUCCACACCACUAAAAAACGCUUUUCGAGGAACUAUCCGCAAGGAAGAUAUCCGAGCAACUGAAAAAGACAAGGUUGAAAUUUACAAGAGUUUCCGCCCGGGUGACAUAGUUUUGGCCAAAGUUAUCUCCCUCGGUGACGCACAGUCCAAUUACCUGCUGACCACUGCUGAAAAUGAGUUAGGGGUGGUGGUAGCCCACAGUGAAUCAGGUGUCCAGAUGGUUCCCAUCAGCUGGUGUGAGAUGCAGUGCCCUAAGACCCACACUAAAGAAUUCCGGAAAGUGGCCAGAGUGCAGCCUGAGUUCUUACAAACCUAAGCACACUUUAUCCCAGUGACAGUCAACUCUUUCCAAGAGUACUAGUGUGAAAGAACAUCAAGAUGCUAUGGUCUUUAUUAAGGUACCUGCAGUCAGCUCACAACCACCUCUUAAAAAAUCUGCCAGAAAUACAUUCAUGUUGUAACGAGCACCCAAGGCCCAUGCAGCCGAGACAGGAAGAUUGUUAGUUCCCAAGUUUGAAAACAGCGUGGGCUAGUAAGACUCUUUCAACCAAAAAUAUAAAAAAGAAAAUGUACUCCAUUUGAAACACUAUUCUUGAGAAACAGUGAUUUUUAUUCUCUUGGCUGGUGAAUCUUAUUUAAAGACAUUCAGCAAACAAAAACCAUGUUAUAUUGAAAAUAGCUUAUGCCUUUAUAAAUAUGUAUAUAUGUAUUUUGCUAUGACUGGGGGAAAAAAACAUGCUUUUCAUUUGUUA